AUGCGCACUGGGCCCGGGGCCGGGUGGGAGAGUUCUAGACUCGAUGUUUGUCAGCCCGCGUGCAGCUGGGCCUGCGCACUCCAGGGGAGGGUGUGUUUUUUUUUUUUCUAAACGAUUCUGCGUGCUUGGUUGUUCCUGCGCAGUAGCCCACCAGUGCCCCGUAGUGAAUGAGCUGCGGACCCUGAAUGGCCGCACAUGCGCACUGAUCCCCAAGAGGGCGGACAUGUAAAAGCAAUUGGACCGCUCGGGCGACGUAGCAUGCGCUUUGGCCCUCGGCGCAGAGCCGCGUGUGGACGGGUGGCGUUCGGGUAGCCGUUCUCCGCCUACCCCCUCUAUCCUCCUCCACCCUCCCUGCCCCACGUUGCUCUGGCUCAUAGCCCAGCUUCCUUCCUUUUAAACCAGGCAUCUGCUGAGUCGGGGACUGGCUUAGAUUGACAGGGCAUAAGGCGGGGCCCAGAGGCAACCCUCUAAGUGGGUGGGGCUAGAACCACUGUCGUCACGAUGGGUGGGAUUUCGGAAGCCCAUUGUGAGAAGGGGCGGGGCUAAGCCAACCGUUAGUUGAGGGGUGGGGUUUCGAUGGGACAAAGAGGCGGGGCCGCUGGGGAAUCGGGGAUGGGCGGAGCUAAAUAAACAAUGAGGGGCGUGGCUUGGAGGGGCAGGGGCAAAGCGAGGAGUGGGAUUUGAGUGGAUAACAUUGCUGAAGGGCUGGGACCUGGGGCAGUUCCCCUGGGAACUGGUUUAGGAUGGAAGCUAGGAAGGCAGUGGGGCCAAAAGGAAAUAUUUUAGAGGAAGGGGCGUGGCUGGAAGAAAAUGUCCCUCGGAUUGAGUUUUUCCUUGAGGCGAAAUAUUCUGAGGUGGAUGGGAGGGGCCUAAGGUCUUCCACUUUCGCCUUGGUGCCUGUCUUCGCCCACCUGAGCAUCCUCCAGAGCCUCGUCCCAGCGGCUGGUGCAGCCUCUCCUGUUGCCAUCAGUGCCCAGCACCUGUGCUACAGCCAUGUCACUCCUGGCGACCCUGGGGCUGGAGCUGGACAGGGCCCUGCUCCCAGCUAGCGGGCUGGGAUGGCUCGUAGACUAUGGGAAACUCCCCCCGGCCCCUGCCCCCCUGGCUCCCUAUGAGGUCCUUGGGGGAGCCCUGGAGGGCAGGCUUCCGGUGGGGGGAGAGCUCCUGGCAGGUGAUGGCUUCUCUGACUGGAUGACUGAGCGAGUUGAUUUCACAGCUCUCCUCCCUCUGGAGCCCCCCUUACCCCCAGGCACCCUCCCCCAACCUUCCCCAACCCCACCUGACCUGGAAGCUAUGGCCUCCCUCCUCAAGAAGGAGCUGGAACAGAUGGAAGACUUCUUCCUAGAUGCCCCGCUCCUCCCACCACCCUCCCCACCGCCACCACCACCACCACCACCACCACCACCAGCCCCCUCCCUCCCCCUGCCCCUCCCCUCCUUUGACCUCCCCCAGCCCCCUGUCUUGGAUACUCUGGACUUGCUGGCCAUCUACUGCCGCAACGAGGCCGGGCAGGGGGAGGUGGGGAUGCCACCUCUGCCCCCGCCACAGCAGCCCCCUCCUCCUUCUCCACCUCAACCUUCUCGCCUGGCCCCCUACCCACAUCCUGCCACCACCCGAGGGGACCGCAAGCAAAAGAAGAGAGACCAGAACAAGUCGGCGGCUCUGAGGUAUCGCCAGCGGAAGCGGGCAGAGGGUGAGGCCCUGGAGGGCGAGUGCCAGGGGCUGGAGGCACGGAAUCGCGAGCUGAGGGAACGGGCAGAGUCCGUGGAGCGUGAGAUCCAGUACGUCAAGGACCUGCUCAUCGAGGUGUACAAGGCCCGGAGCCAGAGGACCCGUAGCUGCUAGAAGGGCAGGGGUGUGGCUUCUGGGGGCUGGUCUUCAGCUCUGGCGCCUUCAUCUCCCUGCCUCCACCUUCAUUCCAAACCCCUCUCGGCCAGGCGCAGUGGCUUAUGCUUGUAAUCCCAGCACUUUGGGAGGCCAAGGCAGGAGGAUCGUUUGAGGCCAGGAGGUCAAUACCAGCCUGGGCAACAUAGUAAGACCCUGUCUCUAUUAAAAAAAAAAAAAUCAACCCUUCUUCCCCACAAAACCACCCAACUUCUCUCUACUUUUAUCUUUUCAUCCUCUGUCUCUGCUUUUAUCACCUCUCUUGCAUAUUUCUGGAUCUUCUUACCUCCUCUGUCGUUCAAAUCAUGAAAUGUUUGGCCUUAGUCAACGUCUAUGCCCGUCACGUAACAGCCGAGGCACCGAGGCCCACAGGGAAGCAGCUGGGAGCUUGGAAACCUGGUCUCUUGAAUUUCAAACCUGGUUUCUUGCAGGUGGUUGUCUGGGGUGGGUGGAGUGGCGACAGGAUAGAGCUGAAGGACUAUGCAAAUAAGGAAGUAAGUCAGGGCGGGCUUUGAGAAGGGGACUCAUAUCCUACAGGCAAAAAGCAGGCUAGGCGACCUUGGGACACUACGUUAAGGGAGGGAGGCUAAAGGCUGCCAGGUUUGCAGUGCGGGAAGAUGAGCAGGAGGGGCAGGGCAGGGCUGUAGUUGGUGACUGGGUGCUCAUUUUAGCUCUGAGAAAAAAAUCAGUGUUUUGUGAAGGUGUUGGAGAGGGGCUGUGUCUGGGUGAGGGAUGGCGGGGUACUGAUUUUUUUGGGAGGUUAUGAGCAAAAAUAAAACGAAACAUUUCCUCUGG